AUGGUUAGGGAGUGGCCUUCAGUGAGGAGAUUCUUUCUCUGUCUCACCAUUAACCUUCUGUUGCAAGCAAAGGCGGACACUUUCACCAUCAACUGCUCAGGGUUUGACCAAAAUGGACUGGACCCCACUGCCUUCCAGUCUGUGUUUAGUAAGAAGGCUUUCCGGCCAGUGACCAACCAGAACAUCCCCACUCGUGUCAACAUCUCCUUCACCCUGUCUGCCAUCCUAGAAGUGGAUGCACAACUUCAGCUGUUGACGUCAUUUCUAUGGCUAAAUAUGAUCUGGGAUAACCCAUUCAUCAGCUGGGACGCAAAGGAAUGUGGUGCAAUCGGUAAACUCACGGUGACAGCUGAGAACCUGUGGCUCCCAGACAUCUUCAUCGUGGAAUCGAUGGAUGUGGAUCACACCCCAGAAGGCCUCUCCGCAAUUUUAACCAACGAUGGUCGAAUCCAAUAUAACAAACCAAUGCGAGUGACCAGCAUCUGCAGCCUGGACAUCUUCUACUUCCCCUUUGACCAGCAGAACUGCACACUUACCUUCAGCUCAUUCCUCUACACAGUGGACGACAUGUUGCUGGGCAUGGACAAGGAAGUGUGGGAGAUAGCAGAGACGUCACGUGACAUAGUCCGCACCCAAGGGGAGUGGGUGCUCCUGGGCAUCAACAAGGCCACUCCGAAGCUGUCGGUGGGCUCCAGCCUUUUUGAUCAGAUCAUGUUCUACGUGGCCAUCAGGCGCAGACCAAUCCUAUAUGUCAUAAAUCUUCUGGUCCCUAGUAGCUUCCUGAUAGCCAUCGACGCCCUCAGCUUCUACCUGCCAACGGAAAGUGGGAAUCGUGCCCCGUUCAAGAUCACUCUCCUGCUGGGCUACAACGUCUUCUUGUUCAUGACAAACAAGCUGCUCCCUGCGAGUGGAACCCCACUCAUCAGUGUCUACUUUGCCCUGUGCCUGUCCCUGAUGGUGGUCAGUCUGCUAGAGACCAUCUUCAUCACCUACCUCCUCCACAUGGCCACCACCCAGCCCCCACCCAUGCCUCAAUGGCUCUACUUCCUGCUGCUGCAUUGUGACAGCCUCCAGAAUUGCUGCCCUGCUAAACUCUGGAAAAAGAAUGUGAACCAGGGCCUCACCUCCACCCACCUGCCUGGUCUGAAGGAGCUGGGACCCAAAGAGACAGAAGUCAGUAGGAAUGUAGGCUGGACAAAGGCCCAGCAGGUUGACCUGUGGGUACAGUUGGGCCACGUAACGGACACUCUGCUCUUCCACCUCUACCUGUUCUUCCUGGUCACCUCCAUUAUCACAGUCAUCAUUCUCUGGAACACCUAG